CGACUACAUAACUCUACCCACGACUUCUCAAUUCUAGGUCCCCACGACUCGCCACCCUUUGACUACAUCGACCAUGAUGUUCGACAACUCGUUCCUGUCCACACCUGUUAUUACCUAUAUUCCCGGCAGCAGAUACGAUGAACGAGGGAGACAACUCCAGUUCGUCGAGUCUGACGUACAGCGACAACAGCGACUAGCCCUUCUCAAAGGGAGAAACUCGCCGUUGUUCGAUUCACCCUGCUCAUCCCCUUCCUCCACUUUAAGCCGCUCCCUAUCGAGCUCUCCCUCUAGCUCUCCAUCGACGACUGUUAUCGACAUCAGUGCAGACCCAUUCUCCCAAUACUCCAUUUCCACUACCAGCUCCACGACUUCCUCCAGCAAGCGUGGUCACAGGCGCCGGUCUUCCAUUCUCAAUGUAAUACCCGAGGAGGACUAGUGAAUGGGCACAAGAAUUCAGAGGGCACGCAGAGAAGAAGUACCAUCGGCUUCUCCUUGCUUCCCGUCUCCCACCUCUCGAACCCAGGUUUCCUCAGAGUCCUCACCCCCAGCCGUGAUCCUGAUCUAUUUUUCCUGCGGAUGCAACUUUAUGCUUACUCCCCAUGAAACACGCUCUCGACCUCUCGAUUCUCAAGCCAGGGCCCGCUCUCCCGUCCACGUAGAAGGAUCCUUUAUCCCUGAGCGGCUAUACAUGGUCGUGGACUUGGCUUCCUCGGUUAUGCGUGCCGCGCCUAUGACAAGACAUCGUUUUUCACCCUGGUUCUGGACGUGUCCCUGGCACGAUUUGCCCUAUGCAACUCAGUAUCGACCCUUUGCUGUCCUGACGAAGUUUAUGUCGCACCCAUCCUCUCCAUUCACCAUCUAUAUCAUUUGUUUCUAGACUUUAGAUACCCAUAGCCGCUUCCCAAUCGAAAUGAUUUCGCUACCUCCUACUCACUC